UGGAGUGGAUCCCAUGGAGGAUAAGAAUGCCCCUCCUGGAGGAGCUCUCUUCCCGCGUCUCCAUGUCAAAGAGACAAAGAACGCGGGUCCUCGCGCUCCGCCCAGAAACAAAAUGGCUCUCUACGAGCAAUUGACAAUCCCUUCUCACAGAUUCCAGCAGCAGCAAAGCGAUGGAGCGCCACCGCAGCCUUUUGUGCCUCAGGCACUCAAUAGAGGCUACUAUUUUCCUUACUACAUGGUUCCUUCUCCGGUGGCUUUCCAGCCCAUGAAUGUUGUGCUGGGACAACAUAGCCAGAGUGUUGCGAAUGAGACUGAGCAAAGGGAGCUCCAGCAAGUUCCAGGUGACGGUGGUAGUAACAGGCAGCUUGCUCGAAUUCCCUCUUUGCACUCGAGAGCUGGAUCGGGCAAGACGAAGACUAGAGCUCCAAGGGUGGACGACGUUGCAGCGGUGCCAACAUAUCCCUCGAAGCCUGCAGCAGUCCCCGCAAGAUCUUCUAAACAGGAGCACUUCGCUAGUGCUUCUGUGGCUCCCUCCAACGCGAGUACUAGCGCUACGAAGUCUCAGAGACAAGUUGAAGUUCGGGAGACAACGCAGGCGAGGAAAGAUUCACGGCCGAGAAAUAGAGCUCCUGGAGACUUGGGUGAUCAAGAAAAUGGAAGCGAAGUUCGUGUAAUGGCGUCGUCAUCACCCAGCCAUAGCUACGAGAGCAACGAAGACAAUGGGCGGAUAGAUAAUCAGUCUGACGAGGAGCUCGAGGGCCGUUGUUCUCCAGAGGAAGUGGAAGCCAGUGACGAUUCUGCGACUUCGGUUGUGGAAAACAAUGCCGCUCCUUCAGCUAUUACUUCCAAGGAGAUCAUGUCUGCCGUUGGCGACGAGGAGUUUUGGAAAAUGCGCAAGGCUAUGCAAAGGCAGCAAACCAUUUUUCAAAAGCAGCUGUUUGAAUUGCAUCGAUUGACCAAGGUCCAGCAUCUUAUGGCAAACUCCAAGAUAAGUGAUCCUUCAAAAACACAAGACGAAAAAACUGACAAACGAGUCGGGAGCGAGCCGACUCACUGUGGCGAAGCUCCAAAAACCAGCAAGCCCGGUCCAAAACCCGACCAAGCUCCGGCUCCAAAAACUCCAUCACAGACUCAACCUCUGUCAACAACACCUUACGCCUAUACCACUCAUCCUCGACCCAUCCAAGCCGCAAACACCAUCAACUACGCAACUUCCCACCCAGCUUACAACCAAUGGUACGCUCCUCUACCGUUUCAGUUUCCAUUCCAGCAACCUUUUCCAGUCACAGCGCAAGUUUUCAACACUCCAUACUACCCAGCUCCGCUGUAUGGCGGCGGCGCUGCUCCUCCAUUUCUUCCUCCUCCAGAUCCAAGGCAGUUUAUGUCUCCUCCAAUCCAGCUCCAGCCAUGGCCGCAGCAUCCCGGAAGUUUAUACUCGGAUCCGGCUGCUCUCCAGUGGAUGGGAUUCGUAAAUCCUCCCGGCGGAGCAACUUAUCGUCCGCCAGCGGCGGAGUCGAGCUUGCAAGCUUCGUCGAUCCACGACGAUCACCAGUCUCGCAAGGAUCGCGGCAUCCAUCUCCGCUCGCAAGGCUCCUCGUCGGGUUUUAGUCUCAUCCAGCGAGCCGAUAGCUCGUCUCCAGCUCCAGCUCCAUCGCCAUCGCCAGCAGCAGAGAAUCGCAGGCAGCAGCACCAAGAACCGAGGCAAAAGCUUGUGGGAAGGUUUUGCGGAGAGAAGCAAAGCGGUGGCGAGAGCGAGCAUGGAGUGUCUCCGUAUUCUCGGCCUUCUGGAUUCCAGAGCGUGAAGAACAGCAGCAGCAGCAGCAAAGAGCAGCGAUCGAGCCAGGGAUCGCACAAGGCGAUCAAAGUUACUCCAAGAGCAGCUCCGGUCACUGCCGAGUCCGCUGCUGAGAUUUUACAUUCGAUCCAGAAAGAGCGUCCUUCCUGACCGGUAAGUGAAGGUUCUCUUCUUUUUUUCUUGUGCAUUGUCUUUUCUUUUUUCUUGGCUUUCCUCUUCGUGGGUUUUUUCCCAGGCCUGUUGUAAAUAUAUAAUACAAAAGGUGUGGUGUUUCGAGCUGAAAUUUUAGGUCAUGGAGGCUAUGGCGGCCAAUUUCCUUGCUGCUUCUUCCUCUUCCGGCCUCGGCGCCACAAUCGCUUCCUCCAGGGCCACAGCCAGCGGCUCCAAUGCGGUAAUCUCCAUCUCUCCCAGGAAAUCCUUGCGAGUGCCAUGCAUCGCCUCGCCGCGCCGCCAAUUCGCAGCUGGAAGAACAGGGAGAGCCCUGAUUUGCAGAGCAUCGCUGACGCCCGAGCUGCGGGAAUCGGUGGAGAAAUUCGUCAAGGGGCACAAGGUCGUGCUCUUCAUGAAGGGCACCAAGCUCUUCCCACAGUGUGGCUUCUCCAACACGGUCGUACAGAUCCUCAAUAACCUGAGCGUUCCGUACGAGACCGUGAAUAUCUUGGAGGACGAUGGCCUCCGUCAGGGCCUCAAGGCCUACUCCAACUGGCCCACUUUUCCACAGCUCUACAUCGAUGGCGAGUUCUUUGGUGGCUGCGAUAUCACUCUCGAGGCCUUUCAAUCCGGACAGCUUAAAGAGGUUGUGGAGAAGGCUAUGUGUUCGUGAGAGUGAAAGGUUCUUAUUAUUUAUUGGAUCAUUCUUUCUUCACUCU